AUGGCUAUGAACUAUUUGCAAAGUGUUCCCAAACUGAAAGGGAGGGACAAUUACGAUGAGUGGAGUUUCGCGGCAGAAAACUUGUUAGUGCUAGAGGGCAUGAUUCAGUACAUCAAGCCAGCUGUGCCCGGCGCGGAUAUCAAGAUUGCAGACGACGAAAGGACUAAGGCAAAGCUAAUUUUAACCAUCGAUUAUCUGAUGCUUUGA